AUGAACUCACCAAUGACCUCUUACAAGUUCGAAGGCUGGGUCGGCCGCGACGAAAAGGCAGCCGACGGCCAUAUGGAAUGGGGUUCCUUUGAGCCAAAGAAGUGGGAGGAAAGUGAUGUCGAUAUUCAAGUCACCCACUGUGGUGUCUGUGCCACGGAUCUUCACACUCUCCGUGCUGACUUUGGCCCUACGCCUUAUCGUGAGUUCAAGAUUACCGGACAGCACUCAUCUUCUCGAGAGCAAUUAUCAUCUGAUUGUACUCCUAAAGCAUGCGUGGUUGGCCAUGAGCUCGUGGGCAAGGCCGUGCGCGUCGGCACUGAUGUGAACAACAUCAAAGUCGGCGACCGAGUCGGUGUAGGCCCGCAGGCACGAAGUUGCGAGCGAGCAGAUUGCUACGAAUGCUCUUCCAGUCAGUCCAACUACUGUCCGCGUGCGGUAGCUACUUAUGGCGCGGUGUAUCCCGAUGAUAUCGGUAAGUCGUAUGGAGGAUACAGCAAUUACACCCGCGUCCACAACAGCUUCGUGUUCAAAAUUCCCGACGGCAUAGCCUCCGAAGACGCAGCCUCCAUGUUCUGCGCCGGGGUCACUAUGUACGUGCCCUUGAAGAAGUAUGGGUGCGGACCUGCCAAGAAGGUCGGCAUAGUCGGUCUCGGUGGUCUAGGCCAUUACGGGAUUCUGUUCGCCAAGGCUCUUAAGGCCCAGCUGAUUGUCGCCAUCUCCCGACGGCGGUCCAAAGCACAGGAUUCACUCGACCUCGGAGCAGACAAGUACAUUGCGACUAUGGACGACGACGACUGGCAACGCCAGAACUAUGGAAGUCUGGACAUCAUCAUGGUCACGGCAUCCAGUCCGGAUAUGAAUAUGGACCAAUAUCUUGACAUGCUCCGGCCUGGAGGAGUUCUGAUACAGGUUGGCGCCCAUGAAGGAGGUCAAUUUCCGCCGUUCAGCGCGUUGAAGCUCUUAUUCAGAGGCCUCACAAUUGCUGGAGCGGUUUGCGGCACACCUGCCGAGAUGAGAGAUAUGCUCGAGCUCGCUGAAAGAGAGGGAAUCAAGCCAUGGAUUCAGACAAUGCCUCUCGACAAAGCCAACCAGGCCCUCCGCGACCUAGAGGCAGGGAUUCCGCGCUACCGCCUCGUCCUUGUGAAUAGAAAGAACUCCAAAGCCCAUAACUUCACGUACGCCCAGAAGUUCGUCAAAGUCACCCAGAGUAAGAGAAACCACCCUCAAGCCGAAGUUGAGAUGCCCCCUUUGACCACUCCCCGCCGGGGCCGUGGCCGGCCUUGCGAUCUGUGUUUUGUUAAAAAGAUCAAAUGUGACUCUGUUAAGCCUCAGUGUUCCAACUGUGUCCUUUACAAAACAGAAUGUCGCCAGACGAUCACACGGCGCAAAGCUGGCCCCAGAAGCACUCUAGAUCCGCAAGUGACUCUUGAUAACAUUGACCCAGAGCUGGCCGCGACAGCACAGCCGAUACAAAAUGGUGCUGCGAGUGGUGAUUCAGCGAUGCCAAGGACCUCGAGCAGAAGUCCUCUUACAAGCCCGGCCGAAGCUAGCAAAAGCGAUAUAUGGGGGUUUGACCCUAUUCAUCCGACUCUAUACUACGGACAGCCCGACGGCUCCUGGUCGCUGCCCCCGCUUGAGGAAAUUGAACCUAUGAUUGAUGAUUAUUUCAAAUUUUGGAACCCGUCAAUGCCCUUAUUCAAUCAGUCCUCAUUCAUGAGGAUGGUGACCAGGUGGUUCAGCCGCGACCCCAAGCAUGACUCCGCCUCGUGGGCAGCCAUUCUUGUAGUUGUCGGCUUGGGACUCCAGUCAGCUGCGUUUCCCGGAAACAACUCCAGGAUUAGCCCCGGCAAAACCAAAGAUUGGAUAGACUAUUGCAUGCGCCACGCGCAGUCAGUGGUGCCGGAGCUAGUGGUGAGAGACCAGGACUUGCUAGGGGUUCAGGUUCUCGUGGGAACGGCGAUGCUCUUCCGCAACUCGUUUGACAUCAGGCCCUCCAGCAUCCUUCUUGGCAUGGCAAUACGGCUAGCACAUCGAAUGCAGCUCCACUAUCAAGAGUCAGCACAAUAUUUCACCCAAGAUGAGGCCCUGGAAAGGUCAAAUGUAUUUUGGGUCACAUACAUACUCGACAAGGAUAUCUGCCUCAAGACCAAGACACCCUCAAUGCUUUCUGAUAGUGAUAUCAGCAUCUCAUUCGACUCUCAAAGGCCUUCGAAUCAGACUAGUGUUUUGUGGGCGAAAGACCGCGGCAGCCAGUUUGACAUCUUUGGUGGUCGCUUAGAACUGGCACGUAUCGAGGGCAAGGUCUACGACCUGCUUUAUUCGAGUCACUUCCUCACACUUGAGCCGUCUGCACGACAGAGCCGGGUGGAGAAGCUGGACAAGAUGUUAACCGAGUGGUACAACCAAAUUCCCUCCGCCUUCAAACUAGAUACUGCAGCAUCUGUCUUGGACAGUGCGGAACUCCUCCAGCUGUCGAUGGUGUAUCACAUCUAUCUUGCGUGUCUUGUCUCCUCACACGGGGUCUGGAGUAGCAAAACUGACUGGAUGGAACGCAUCGGCGCUCUAGGGAGAGCUGCCGUCGAGGACUUUGCCGCAGCCUCAUAUGGUCCCAAAGUUCUGACAUGUGUCAAUGCCCAGAACCCGCCUCUCCCGCAAGCGUGGGAUACCUGUGUGAAUGCCAGUCGCAGAUGCGUAGAGCUAUUCCAAAGCACCACUCCAUCGCAGUGCUUGCUCUGGCAAGGCACGUGUGCUCACUUUUCAGGGCUGAUAGUACUCCUCGCCAACAUUAUAUCUUACCCAGUGCAGCCCAGUGCACCAAGCGACCUGGAGCUGGUGAAGGCAUCCAUGGCAAUAUACAACCAGGAGCUCCACAGCACACCUUCAAUCGUCUACGACUCCCUCAAGCUUGUCAUCGAUGUGUUGAGCAAGAGAGCCAAGGAGAUUGUGGACAACUUUCUGUCGGAGGAGGAGGCCCUCAUCAGCGCAUCUGCUGGGAUAGGUACGGGGCCGGCCCUGUUUGCGGAGAGCGAGCGGAUGGCAGAAUUUCCGUAUUAUGAGGAGCAGAUGAGCAGCUUUACGUUCGACGACUUGAUUUCUGGCGACGGAGUUGUCGACAGUCUGAACAGCCCAGAUAUUAGAACAUAG